UAUUCAAAACUUCUUCUGAAUGGUUGAGGGCAAUAACAGCUUGGCUUCUCCCUCAUUGCUUUCGCUCUCGUAUUUUUAGGUGUAUUACCACUUUCUCCUACUACCCUUGUUUCUGUUUCAAUCAACCCAGUUGCUCCCAGAACCAUGCUGAUUAGCAAUUAGCUGAGCUUACCUUUCCUCUUUUUAUUGGUUUUGUGCUUAACUUCAUUUGAGAUUUUCCUAGAGAUCCUAUUAUGUGAGUUAUAUUGCUGCAAGGUAGGAGAUUCUUUGCUGUUCAAGAAAUACAAGAGCGUACUUGGAUUGGUCCCAAUUCAAGAGGCCAUUUUGAUUUGUUUGUGGGUUCUUUAUAAUCCUUGCUUAGAAGCUUGUGGUGGGUUCAUUAGGAAGAGAACAGAUUCUUAUGCUUUUUGUGUAUUGAAUUUGAAAAAGAAAAAGGGACAACCAGAAAGUAGAAGGAUAUCCCAAGAGAUCUCAGCAUGUCUGUUGCUCUGUUGUGGAUUGUUCCCCCCAACAAAGAGGCCUCCAAUUCCUUUGGCUUUUUGGAAUCAAUCCGAGAUGGAAACCGGUCUUUAGAUUCACCAUGGUUCAUUCCUAGAGACCAGAAUUUGAUAUUUAAUGACAGACCCAAGAAAGGUAGGAGGCAGAGGUGCAAUUCUGGCUCAUCUGGGGCAGAUUUGAGGUAUUCAUACUUGGGUGGAUCAGGCAUGGAGAGUAGAACCAAUUUUCCUAUAUUUUCAAGUAUGGUAGUGAACCCAACUGGAGAAAUGGCAGUGUCGUCGGAGCAGAAGGUUUAUGAUGUGGUGCUGAAGCAGGCAGCCCUUGUUAAGAAGCAAUUGAGAUCUAGUGAAGAACUUGAUGUGAAACCUGAUAUUAUUCUUCCUGGGACUCAGAGCUUGUUGAGUGAAGCCUAUGAUCGAUGUGGUGAAGUUUGUGCAGAGUAUGCCAAGACAUUUUACUUGGGAACAAUGCUGAUGACACCUGAGAGACGAAGAGCUAUCUGGGCAAUAUAUGUGUGGUGUCGGAGAACAGAUGAGCUUGUUGAUGGGCCUAAUGCAUCACACAUAACCCCAACAGCCUUGGAUAGGUGGGAGUCAAGGUUGGAAGAUCUUUUUCAGGGCCGCCCUUUUGAUAUGCUUGAUGCUGCUUUAUCAGAUACAGUUGCCAAGUUUCCUGUUGACAUUCAGCCAUUCAAAGAUAUGAUUGAAGGUAUGAGGAUGGACCUUAGAAAGUCAAGAUACAGAAAUUUCGAUGAACUAUAUCUGUACUGUUACUAUGUGGCGGGAACUGUUGGGUUAAUGAGCGUUCCAGUUAUGGGCAUUGCACCUGAAUCACAGGCAACCACGGAGAGUGUCUAUAAGGCAGCCUUGGCAUUAGGGAUCGCAAAUCAGCUGACUAACAUACUCAGGGAUGUUGGAGAAGAUGCAAGGAGAGGAAGGAUUUAUUUACCACAGGAUGAGCUGGCACAAGCAGGGCUCUCAGAUGAGGACAUUUUUAUGGGAAGGGUAACAGAUAAAUGGAGAAGCUUCAUGAAAGAUCAAAUUAAGAGAGCAAGGAUGUUCUUCGAUGAGGCGGAAAAAGGAAUUACGGAGCUCAGCUCAGCUAGUAGAUGGCCGGUAUGGGCAUCUUUUCUGUUGUAUCGGCAAAUACUGGAUGAGAUUGAAGCUAACGAUUACAACAACUUCACUAGGAGAGCUUAUGUGAGCAAAGCUAAGAAGAUAGUUGCUUUGCCACUAGCCUAUGCAAGGUCCCUUGUGAGGCCAUCAAGAACAACAUCUUUAGUCAAGGCAUGAAUGGACAUCAAAUUUGUAAAACUGAUUACACAGCUUCAAAAGAAAAGGCCAAAUUUGUAUACUAGAAAAUUUUCUUAAUGCAGUGAGAAUUCAUUGAGAA